GCGCUCCUUGCAGGCAGGUGAGUUUCAUCCGAGUUGGAGUUGCGGCAGGCCUCCUUUGAUCUUUAAAAACGCAUUUUCAAAAAGCAGUAAAAGACCCUCUUGACCCACCGAUUCAGCGCUUUUUCCGACUGAGUGUGUGAGAGAUCGCAGGUCGAGAGGAUGACAGCUGGAGUGUGCUGCUCGUUGAUUGCUGCUUUAUGGUGUCUCUCUGUGUACUUGAGCACAACAGACGCUGAAGGAGCAGCCACAGUAAGCCUAAAUGGACCCAUUAAUUUGGUUACAGGGUGGUUACCAGCAGAACCAGAAAAGCCAGGAGUGUGUCCUAGAAACAAUGUUGAAGAAGCAUUGUUAGGAGUGUGUGCGGAGAUGUGUUCUCAUGACAGUGACUGUCCAGACGAUCAGAAAUGCUGCAGCAAUGGAUGUGGACAUCAGUGUAUGCCUCCAUAUAAAGAAAAGCACGGAUCGUGUCCCAAAAUCAUUGGAGAAGGACUGUGUGUCGAGAUGUGUUCCCAUGACAGUGACUGUCCGAACAAUCAGAAAUGCUGCAGCAAUGGCUGUGGACAUCAGUGUAUGGCUCCAUAGAAAGUUUCCUGCCAGACAGAAGUGUUGCCCAACCACCUGUGGCCAUGCCUGCAGCUAACCGUGCCGAAUGAACCAUCGGGAAAAAAAAGUCCUCCAUUUUGUUUGUUUGCAUACCGUACUUGAGGUCUUCUACAUUCACUGAAUAAAUGCCAUAGUUUAGAAAA